ACAGCUGAUUUUUUCGGCAAGUUAGGGUAAGGUCUCGGUUCUCUCUGUCGUUCGAGAGAUCAGAGAAUUCCACAGUCAAACGAAAAACUGGAAUUCUUGAUCUUGUUUCACAACAGUUACAUUGGUUAACGUUUGAGACAGAGAUCUGAUAUUGUCCCUUAUUUUCUCGUGUUACCAGAAAUUCCGCUAUCUUCGUUUUAAUACUGCCACGUUCGCCAAAGACAGCUCGCAAUCGGGAAAAGGGUGUUGAACAAGGCCAGGGGCCAGGGCCAGUCUCGGCAGGGAGAUCAGAUAGAGGAGUCGUUUGGAUCGGAACAUCUCCAUGUCUGAGCUGGCGAGACUUAAAAAGGAUCAAUCAAACAAUCAGCUUUACCGACAAUUUCUUUUGAACCAUGGUGAAAGUCAUCACAGUAUCGUUGGAGCCAAGGCCAACCAUGAACCUGAUAGUACUACCAUGAAUGAUCAAUCCCCUACAAUGAGUGUCAUAUCAGCUACCGCUGCUAGAGCAGGAUACCUCCAGCAUAGACCAGGAGGAGCUCUUGGUCGAUGGAAGAAGAGAAGAUCUUGGUUUGUCCUUGACCGUUCCACGUGCUAUCUUCUAUUCUUCAAAUCUCAACAUGAUACAGGACAACCCCUUGGUGUUAUCGAUGUCAAGGAUGCUUGCAUCUCACUUCUUCUUGAACAUUCCAACCAAUUCCUCAUUGCGUGAGUGAUGAUACACUGGAUGACUUCAAGUUUGGUGUUGACCUUUUGGUGUCGGUGUUGGACUAUUUUUUUUGAUCAGCACAACACCAUAAUAAAAAUUAGACUGAUAUUAUGAAAGUCUUGCUUGGUGUUGAGCUAUCAAUCAUGUGAUUUGGAUCACUUAUGUAAACUCAGAUUAGGUUUUGGUCUCGUGGACAUCUAACUUAAUUGUGCUUCUGACACCAACACCAGCACCAACACCAGACUUGAAAUAACCCAAUUUACAUAGUAUAUGAAUGAUUUAUGUCUUGUUACUUGCACUUAAGGUUCUCUCUAAUGAGGUAUAUCUCGGAAUCAAAAUGAGGUUUACUAGCUAUCAAUUGUGGUGAUAAUGAACUGAUGGUAAGAUUCAGGGUAUAUCUGCUUGCAAAGUGAUGUUCUAUUUACCCUCACCUCCCCUCUUCGUUUUUGCAUGUCACAAUUGCCCCCUCUCAAAGAAAUCUUUUCCGACUUGAAUAUCAUGGAGAUGCUCCUGAUCUCUAUUACUCCUCGUCGCAUAUAUCCCCAUUGAAUGCAAUCUUGCUAUAGUACAACAUUCUUAAUUUAUUACAUCCUUCUGUGAUGAUUCAUUUUUCAUUUAACACAUGAUUGAUAAGUCGAAACUCAUUUGUGCAGAGGGAAAAAUAUAGAGGGGCAUAUGAUGGUGCCCUGUGGGACUCCAGACUCCAGCUGACAGAGAGAGAGAUGGAUAUAAGGGUCCCAUCAACAAGACUGACUUUGGACAUGCCUAAUGAAAAAAAGUGUAUAUCCACCCUAAAUGAAUGUUUGAAAAUAAUUUAUUCUUGUGGAAUAUUAUAAGGAAGUCUUCAAGUAAUAGUUUAAGAGGAUACAUGUACACAUAUUCAUCUUUUUGUAGUGUUCAAGUUUCCCUGGUUGACAGUAUACAUGUUGAAGGAAAAAAAUGUACACGUCUUUAAUAAUGUAGAAAAGAGUUCCGGGGGGGGGGGGGGGGGUGUAGAAGGACGGGUGUUGAAGCAAAAUGUACUGGGCUUACCACAAUGCAAACUAUGACAAAAUGGAAGGAAUUUUAAAAGAAGGCUGAUCUGAGAGAAAUGUGAUCAUACCUUCCUUGUGUGAUGGGGGUAUACAUCAAAUGAGACACUUGGUAAAUAAACCCAGUCUCUCCUUUCUCCCUUGAUAUUUGCAUUAUCUUCAUUCCUCCCGUUCAACUUUCAAUGUUCAUCUCAACCCGCAUUUCAUUCUCUGAGGGAAUUCAAAUGCAUGACAUUUACAUUAUUUCCCAGGCAUUUUGAAAUAACGUAUUUGAUUCUUAAAGCUUGCUCACACAGUAACGUCAUGAGUGUUGUAUGUCUAGCAAGAUAGGGAGAGUGGUUACUUUACCUGACUGCCAAGAUUCAAGCGUCAAGAUUCAAGAUUAAUUAUUAAAACAGCCCAAAAGCUGAAUUGACAAAUGUCUUACAAAACACAUUAAAAAAUACAUGUGAAAUUCACAAAUAACCAACAUUACAAAAGAAUCAUGAAAUUACAAUAACAAUUACAAUAUAAAUUCAAAAUAUAAGGAUAUCAUCAAAAUAAUAGUGCAAAUGUGAGAUGAGAUUUGAAAAGCUGUGAGAAGAUGUAUUUUACUUCUCGAUUGAUUGACUGAGUUGUAAGGUUUGAAUGGCACUUGAUAUGAAAUUAUAAUGGGUGAUAGGUGAUGGGUAAUAGGUGAUUAAAAAAACAAUUGAAGAAAAGGAAAGUUGUUAUAACCAGUCUGUAAAUUGAAUAUUAGCAAUUGAAAAGGUAAAAUCAGCUUGCUGGCUUGUGUGAGAGAAACUUAG